AUGGAUAUGGAGAUCUUGAGUUGGAAUUGCAGAGGGAUCUGCAACGACGCCACAACUAGGGCACUGAAAGAUUUGAUCUCUCAGAAUCGUCCCCAGAUCGUUUUCUUGUGCGAAACAAAAAUCAGUAGGAAGGAGGACUUUGACCGACUGCACAGGGCUUUAGGGUUCGUGCAUGCUGAGGCAGUGUUGAGCGAAGGUCAAUCUGGAGGACUCGGCCUCUUCUGGAAUGAUGAUAUACAGCUCAGGAUGGGGACGACUUCGGCUCAUCACAUGGACGCAGUAGUGGUUGGUGAUCCGGGGUCUCCAUCUUGGAGGCUUACUGGAUUUUAUGGGCAUUCCAGAACGGUAGAGCGCGACCGCUCUUGGAGGCUGCUUCGAGAUCUCUCAGACUUGGAUUCCCUCCCUUGGGUGGUCAUCGAAGAUUUUAACGAGAUAUUAAACAAUGGUGAAAAAUUUGAUGGUCCGAUUAGGGCUGAACGGCAAAUGAGAGGGUUUCGAGAGGCUUUGGGUUAUGGAGACCUUCUGGAUUUAGGUUUUCAUGGUACGAAAUCGACGUGGUGGAAUUCUGAGACCAAAUUACGUCUUGAUCGUGCUGUUUGUACUCCUGCAUGGAUUGACAUUUUUGGAUAUGCCAAAGUCAUUCACCUUCCUCCAAGCGAUUCUGAUCAUAUUCCUAUACUGCUACGUGCAAGCACCGUUCCUAUCGCAAAACAAACAAGAUCCCACAGAUUCAAAUUUGAAGCCUUUUGGCUUCAACAUCCGGACUGUGAUCCUUUGGUGAAAGAAACUUAG